AUGUGGAAGGCAGGAUCAUCCAUUUAUAUUCAAGAUGAAGCUUUCAUAUACUUACAUUUUUUUAGAUACUCUACCUGCACGAAAUUCAAAGACAACGAUAAGAUACCUUUGCAGACUGAUUUCAUUAAUGUCAGAUGUUUUGAAAACAUAAAUAAUAAAACUUACACUAUUUAUGACGACAUGUUUGCAUUCACAAAAAAAAUUGAUUUGCCCAAACCAAAGGAAUCUAAAUGCAAAAUGAAAUAUAAUGUUCUAAUGAUAGGGAUGGACUCCAUGUCUCUGCCACGCGCCGUCCAAACUUUACCCAGAACUAUAGACUAUUUUAGGAACGAUUACUGGAUUAGUUUUCGAGGAUAUCAUAAGGUUGCGGACGAUACUUUACCAAACUUGUUGUCCAUUUUAACCGGAAAAAACUUUAGUACCAUUGAUGAAAAAUGUUCUGGCAAGAUGGAUAGUUGCAACGAUCUCAUGAUUUGGAAUACAUUUAAAGAAGCUGGUUACGUUACAGCUUACGGAGAAGAUUAUUUUCAGUUAUCAGAAACGUUCACAAAUGAAUUUCAGUUUCAAGAACCACCAACAGAUCAUUAUAUGAGACCGUUUUUUGUAAAAGGUGAAUAUAAACAUUCUAGUGAUUUUCUUGUCAAUACACCUGGAUGUUAUAUACCAGAUUAUACAAAAAACUACAAAUAUUCACAUGGCCUGUAUAAAGGUUCUAAUAUCAAAGAUCCAUGUGGGUUAAGAGCCGUGUACUUGUAUAAUCUUGGCAAUAAUAAAGUUAUUUUUGGGUUAAAUGAUACAGCUAUGAAAUACUACAGCAACGAUACAAAAUACAGUUGUUGUUAUAUGUAUGCUUAUAAAACUGCAACAUUUCCUGGACUCGGCACAUUUACAAAAUUGCACUUCACAAAGUGUACGCCUUUUCGUAAUGGAACCACGGUAACGUUACAAUACGAAAUUAUUCAAGUUACUUGUAUAACCAAGAAGCAUAACGAAAUAUACAACGAUGCUUUUAUUUCGGUCGAUUCUAUUCCGUUUCCCAAUAUAAUGGCCCUAUUGACGGGUAUGAACUCUUCCAGAAUAUACGACAAAUGUGAUACAGGUUUGUACAAAUGCGAAGAUGACUUUAUAUGGAAUAGAUUUAAUGAAUCCGGGUAUGUAACAGGUUAUGGUGAAGACUUUCUAGAUUUACCUGACACCUUUUCAAGAUACAAGGGAUUUCUGAGAAAACCCACCGGCCAUUACAUGCGGCCGUUUUAUUUAAUGGGUGAAAAACGUCAAGCAGAUAUUUUGUGUACCAGAAUGAGGCCAUCUGCAACACAUUUACUUGGCUAUGCUUACAACUUUGCCAACUCAUAUAAACAUAAUCAAUUUUUUGGGUUCUUUUGGAUCAAUUCAUACACCUAUGGGUUAAUGGAUAACCCAGCAAAGCUCGAUAGAGAAAUAGCAAGUUGGCUGCAAAAAUUGCAAAAAGAGAACAUUUUAAAAAGAACAUUUAUUAUAUUCUUCAGUGAUCAUGGUAUUAGAUAUGGUGAAAUGAAACUACCUGUGGAGUCGUACUAUGACGAUAGACUCCCAAUGCUGUUUAUAUGGACCCCGCAUGCAUUUCAAAAGAAAUUCAGACAGAUGUAUACCAAUAUGUUAUUAAACCAACACCGCUUAGCAACACCCUUUGAUUUGUACGUAACAUUAGGAGACAUAUUAAAAUUAGCAGACAGCUCCAAUAAAGGUACUGUUUCAGAGGCAUGUCCCGAAUGUUCAGGUUUAUUUAAAUUGAAUUCACUAUUCAGGACAUGUGCGGACGCGCGUAUAAGUCAACACUGGUGUGUUUGUCACACUAUGGCUGCAGUUAAAAAUGACGCCGCUGAAACUAAUAAUAGUAUACAAGUAGCUAUGCACUAUGUAAAUAAAAUAGUAAAGAGUAUUAAAACUAUCACAUGCUAUGACUGUAGACCAUUGAAAUUACACAGUAUUGUAAGAUCACAUGCGUUUCAAAGCGGUAGUAGGACAUUUCAUGUUGUGGCAUUUCGGACGUCGCAUGACGUCAUAUUUGAGGCUACAAUAGCAUAUCGACGUGAUACAAGUAAAGUCACAUCUCUGCGGUCUUUGACGGGUAAUGGCAAAAAAGGAAAAUGUGUGCGGGACAUAAAUGAUCGUCCAUUUUGUCAUUGCUUAAUGCGCUGCAACACACUAAUCUUAUAA